CCUCCCCCCGCGCCGCCACCUCCGCACUCCUCCUCCUCCCCUCCCCCGUGGAAAGUAGUUCCCCGCGGCCGCCCCCUCCCCGCGCCCCUCCUCGCACCGCGCACACAAUGGCGCUGAAGAGAAUCCACAAGGAAUUGAAUGAUCUGGCACGUGAUCCUCCAGCACAGUGUUCAGCAGGGCCUGUUGGUGAUGACAUGUUCCAUUGGCAAGCUACAAUAAUGGGACCAAACGACAGUCCCUAUCAAGGUGGAGUAUUUUUCUUGACAAUUCACUUCCCAACAGAUUAUCCCUUCAAACCACCUAAGGUUGCAUUUACAACAAGAAUCUAUCAUCCAAAUAUUAACAGUAAUGGCAGCAUUUGUCUUGAUAUUCUACGAUCACAAUGGUCCCCAGCACUAACUAUUUCAAAAGUACUUUUGUCCAUCUGUUCUCUGUUGUGUGAUCCCAAUCCAGAUGAUCCUUUAGUGCCUGAGAUUGCACGGAUCUACAAAACAGAUAGAGAAAAGUACAACAGAAUAGCUCGGGAAUGGACUCAGAAGUAUGCGAUGUAAUUAAAGAAAUUAUUGGAUAACCUCUACAAAUAAAGAUAGGGGAACUCUGAAAGAGAAAGUCCUUUUGAUUUCCAUUUGACUGCUUUCUAUGAGCCCACGCCUCAUCUUCCCCUGUGCACAUGUUUACCUGAUACAGCAGUGCUGCGUGUUGUACAUACUUGGAACAACAAAAUAGAAAUACUGUAUUUCCCCGUACCAACAUUGACUCCUAGCAGAGAAGUGUGUGUGUGAAAAGCUGGUUCUUCAGUCAUAACUUUGUGAGCCUAAAAGCAUUCCUUGUCCGUUUAAAUUGGGUAAGAAAAGGUGGAUGGGAGAGUUGGGGUGGAGGUGGCGUUUGUGGGGGCAGAGCUGUCGGCCCGUGAAGGAUGGGAAGUGGAAUCCUUUUACACUCAUAACAGUUAUGAAAGGCGAGGUGAAGAACUCGAAGCCGUUUCUGUAUUGGUUUUGCUCUGAAGGACCUCCACCUUAGGUGAAUGUGCUGGGCGAUGCACUGAACGUGCCCACAGCCCUGCUGAGGGGCUGAGCCUCGCUGCUCGGCAUGUAAACGGAUCGGAGCUAUUAGUGCAUCAAGUGAUGUUGAUUCGUUUCCACUCUGUCCCCUCCUCCAUGCUCUCUUUGGUUUGUACGUGGUUCCUCAGUUAAUACAUAGCUAAUAGCUCUUAUUUUUCUUAAGUUUUUUAACCGCUUAGGUCUUUCUGGAUGUAAGGGUAAAAAUCCAUUUGACGGAAAACUUGUGUAUAUUUAAAAUCCCAGCUGCUCCCCUGGAGCUUGUACGUUCGAGAAUGAUUAAUCUGUGUAAUAAACUGAUUACUACAGUCAUUA